GUUCCUGAUUUCUCGUUUGUUUCAACAGCAGCAGCAAGCAGUCGCGGUUAGAUGUUUGCAGAGGAAGUACCCGAAAGAGUACCGCUUAAUUCAAAACGUAACGGCGUAAAAACCAAGUGAAAUUUUGCGUCUUUUAGUUAUUUAGGUUAUGGUUUCUUUUUUGGAUGUUUUUAUUUUAUCGGUACCAUACGAUGGUGGUACUUUUUGUGUGACUUUCUGAUAUGUAUUAUGUGCGGUGAAUAAUUAAUAUUGGAUUUAUUAGGACGCGAUUUAAAUAUUACGGUAAUGAGCGAGUACGAGCGAAUACGCAGAGCCUGUCUAAAACGCGGCGAGUUAUGGGAAGAUCCUGAUUUUCCAGCGACGCAAGCCUCAGUUUUUUACCACCAAACGCCGCCGUUUCAAUUCACUUGGAAACGACCAAAGGAUUUAUGUCCAAGACCAGGUUUUAUCCAAGAUGGCCCAGCACAAUUCGAUAUUAAUCCAGGAAAAAUGGAAUUUGACCAAAUUGUUGAGAAAAAUCAAAGAAAAUCAUUCUUCGGUGAUAGAUGGCUCGUCUCCUGCUUGGGAGUACUCUACCUCAACAAAGGUCUCUUCUACAGGGUGGUACCUGCAGAUCAAUCGUUCAGCGGCGAUCAAUAUUGCGGACUGUUCAGAUUCAGAUUGUGGUGGUGCGGAGAAUGGACCGAAGUACUCGUAGACGAUCGAUUGCCCACAGUCCACGGACGGUUGGCUUUUCUUCAAUCGCAAAACUCCGACUAUUAUUGGCCUGGAUUGUUGGAGAAAGCUUAUGCCAAAUUACAUGGUUCGUAUGAAGCGCUCAAAUAUGGCUCGUUAUUGGACGGACUUGCAGAUCUCACUGGGGGAAUCACAGAAAGUAUACCGAUAACAGAAGAUGCUACAACAUGUUCUAGGUUGCUUCACAAAUUGUUAGAUAUGACCUCAAUAAUCACUUGCGCAGUGCAACCUCCUAAUCAAGUACGCUCUAUGACUGAAAAAUUAGCUAAUGGCAUACAAACUGGAAUCAACUAUAGAAUAUAUGCUAUUGAUAGGGUAGAAACGUUCAACAAUGAAACCGUUCAACUAGUGAAACUAAGAAACCCUUUAGGAUUACCAACAGAAUAUGUAGGCCCUAUGUGUUUGGACUCGCCAGAAUGGUCGGAAUUGCCUCCACACGAAUAUGAACGGCUACAGGUCAAAUUUAACGAAGAAGAAUUUUGGAUACCUUACACAGAAUUUUUGCAAACGUUUACUCACAUAGAAGUAGUGCACUUAGAUAGCGACACCAGUCGAGAUGAACCUAGCUUACACAACAAAAAUACUUGGCAAAUGAGACUAUACCAGGGCUAUUGGCAAAAAGGCGUGUCUGCAGGAGGCUGUAGAAACAACCCCGACACUUUCCACAUCAAUCCUCAGCUCCAUCUACUGCUCAGCGAAAUGGAAGAAGUUGUAGUCUCACUCAACCAACACAGCAUCAUGGAACCUAAAGUUAUAGGCUUUACAGCUUACUCGUUGCCUAAAAGCAACACAGAAACCAUCGGAAAGGGCUUUUUCAAGAAAAAUAAAUCUUUGUUCAAUUCUCAGUACACUAAUAGCAGGCAAGUCAGUCACAGAUGUCAGCUGGAACAAGGAGGCUAUUUGAUUAUUCCUACUACGUUUGAACCUGGGCAAGAAUCUGGAUUUACUUUGAGGGUGUACUCAAGUAAACCUUUGAAAUUGAAACUUGUGGAUACCGUGCCAUUUUUAGUGAAAUCGGCUAUAGUUAAGGCUCCUCCACUAUUAGACGGCAAAAGUUUCAGCCAAUACGAAGCCGUAUUUUUACAAUUGGCAGACGAACAUAGAACAGUCAAUGCGUUUGAGCUACAAGAACUAUUAGACGCUUGUUUGCCCAAUGAUUAUAUUAAAAGCUGCGCUUCAAUUGAAGUUUGUAGACAAAUUGUUUUCACAUUUGAAAAUUCUAGUACUGGUAGAUUAAAGUUCAGCGACUUUAAGGAUUUGAUGUGUAGUUUAAAAUUUUGGCAAACCGCUUUCAAAAAUCACACGAAAGAAAAGACGGGGAUUUUGAAAGCCGAACGGUUUAGGGACGCUUUGUUAGAAGUCGGAUUCCAGCUUAGCAGCGACGUGUUGACCACUCUAAUUUUGAGGUACAUGAGGAAAGAUGGGACACUGAGGUUCGGCGAUUUUGUUUCGGCUAUUUUACAUCUUACUGUGGCUUUUAAUAUUUUUGAAGCAAAAGACCCUUUGCAAAAUGGUAGUAUCAAGUUGAAUUUGUCAGAGUGGUUGAAAUCAUCACUUAGUUGCUAGUCCAAAGGAUUUCCUAGAAAACUCAUCAAAAUACUCAAUUUUUUUUUGUAAAUAUUUUAUAUUUUUGUGAAUAUGUAUGUAUUAAUAUAUAUUUUUGAUACUUUUUCUUAUUGUAUAAAACAAGUUUUAUAAUUUUAUUGUAAGUUAUUUUUAAAUAAAAAGAUAUAACGAUUUUCCCAGGCUCUAUAGCAGGCGCGGAUCCAGGGAGUGGCCAUGGGGGACAUGGCCCCCCCUAGAUGAGAGUUUUUUUUUUUAAAUCAAUAUUAAAUCGACCAAUUUUUCCGGGUUUACCAGGGCCCGUAUAUACCGGGUGGGGCACGAAAAACUUUCCACUCAGGUUUUCUCACGUGUUAGGUGUUUAAUCAAAAAUCGCUCAGACACGUCAAUUUUUGUUUUUUGGGGGACACAUUUUAAUGGUAUUUUCACACCAUAUUUGUGAACCCCUAAGUGGGGGUGACAGGUACCCACAAAAUUUCAAAUGAAAAGGGGGGUCGAGUGAUACGUCAUUUGAUAGCUAUUUUCAUCAAGAUUAUAUCCCCGAAGUUUCAAGUUGCUACUAUUUAUCCUGUCGAAAUGGCGGCUUGUCAAAGUUAGGAAAAAUCAAUGGAAAAAUGCUAUGUGGUUUUUACCUAUUACCUACGCAUAGGUGUGACAGGUAAAAACUAUACAGCUUAGAUUAUCGAAUGUAAUACCACAAGAGGUUUCAGGAUUACC